GACAUCACACUUUUUGCAUUGGAGGUGCGGCAUUGGACACUUGCUUCUCGCGGGCAUUUCCACUCGUUUGAGAGGUAUCAAACUUGGACGGGGACAAGAUGUUGGGAAUACAGACUUCCGCCUCGUCCUCUUACCGCUCUCCGCACUCUCACUCCCACUCGGCGUCGUCUCCCUCUCCCUCGUCGUCCUCUCGUCACUCGCUUCAGUACUAUCCCCUCUCACCUGCGUUUUCCACUACCUCUUCUACUUCUGCAUCGGACUUUAUUCCCUUCUCUCACAAGACGCAUCGCUCAGGAUGUGACGCUUGCAAGCUGAGGGCAGAGAGAAUCGCAGAGGCGAAGGCGCGCGUAGAAGACCUCAAGGCCCGACGUCAGAGAGAGCAGAGAGAACAGCAGAAUGGAAGAUCCUCUUCCUUGCCGCCGUGGAGGCCGGUUGGUGGAGGCAGUAGUACUUUUUCGGAACCAGUGCGAUCUGCGUCACCUUGUCCAUCCGUUACUUCCACUGCGUCAUUCUCGUCCCGGUUUGAUUCCAUUGCCCCCCGUAUUGAUACGGGUUUGCGUGACCGUUCACGGCGGAGGUCCAUGCUGCUUAGAGCUGAAACACCGACUGUGUCGUCCGGGACGAGGUCGUCUAAUUUGGUCGAUCGCCCGCCAUGGGAUUCCUCCUUUGCCACGGAACGAUCGAGGCCUGCACCUCGUCCAGUGAACCGACUUUUUCUCGAACCGUCUACGACGAGGUCGCGCAGCCCGGAACCUUCCAGAUCGCGAACGCCGAGUUUGAGAUCCCCUAGUUCGGGGUCGUCCCGAUUUGCAGCAAGGAGGACCUCGUCUAUGCAGACAGCGGUGGGUCAGCGACCGUCAAGCCCCGUCGUCCGCUCUCCUCUUCCUCGCGCAAGUGUCAAUGAACCCAGAAUACUCCGUGGGCGCUCUCGUGAGGAGGCAUCAGCAGCUCCUCAAUCGCCCGCUCCAGCACCCACUUCAGAUGAGGAACUAUUCCAAGUUGUAACAGCCAAUACGGAAAUCCAUAUUGUGAAUAAUGCACCUGCCACCUUAUCGGUGGCAAGUGAAGGACCGGGGGAUAUCGAGCCUGCAUCAAUUUUCGAGGUACCUGCAGAACAACAGACCAAAACCGAAGAGCCUGCAACGCCUCCCCCUGAGGCAUCAGAACCGGAGACUCCUCACCCAGACCCGCCUCAGCUCGAUAGCAAGGCAGACGACAUUGAGGCGCUCAAAGCUGCGUUUCAGUCUGUCGAUGCCAUAACAAAUGGGGAUCAGACUCCCGUGAAUCAAGUUCCAGAGAACUCAAUGCAAAGCACAGAUGCCGUUCAAGGAAAGGACCUAUGUGACGCUGCUUACCAACCAAUCGACGAGAACCACAAUGACCGCACUCCCACCACCGAUAGUGGUACCAAGGGGACUGCGCCUUCUUCCUCUGCCUUACCCCAUACGCCCCCAUCGACCCCAACACCUCCGCAUUCCACUCCCCCCUCCCCAACACCUCCACUCAUCAACCUCAGACCUCCCCGUCCCAAAGUCGACAUGUCAGAUCUCACAGCCCUCACAAACCAUAUUUCCACCACCCUAGCCACCCUCGAAUCCCAACACACUACACUAACCCGCUCACCAACCCCAAGCGCCAAACCCCUGUACAUCGAAUCCGCUAAAUCCAUCAUCUCCACCGCACGCUCCAUUUCUCGCUCAUGGCGUACCCCCGCACAGGCAUGCGCCGACCCGAUUCUCUCUGCGCGCUUAUUGGGGAGUUUGGAUCAAGUUGAUGCACUAGCGGGUCAGAUGAUGGUUUUGACGCGCAUGAAGGAACGGGAUGAGAAGGAUCGGGAUGCGGGUGGACAGGUUCUGGUGUGUGCGAGAAAUGUUGUGGGCUGUUGUUUGGGGGCUUUGAGCGAGUUGGAAGCUGUUGGGGUUCGUUUGCGGUAGUGGCGGUCGGUGCCGCACUUUAAAAGGAGGCGGCAGCCGGGAUGGUUGAGCUCCCUCGAUGAUUGCUGUAUGUAGGGCACGGCAUUGAAUAGAGUUCCUGAAUUGUAUACAUGUAUUUGUUAGGGUGUGUAGAUGAUGAUAUGUAUCACGAGCUAUUGUACAAUCCAAAUUUCUGUAUUUUCGUCGUA